AUGCCCAAAGAAACGUCCAACACGAUAGAAGAUGCUAUAGGCGUCAAGCCCAAGCCAAAGGCCAGAAAGAAGCCCACUGGAUACAGAGUAAAGUCCAAAUUCCAGAUCUGGUGCCGAAGGAACCGUGAACGCGUCAGAGAUCAGUAUAACCUCUCAGGACACGAUAUACAGAAAAAGCUCUGUGAGCUUUGGUGGGACGCAGAAGAGAAUCCCAACCGAGGCCAGCGUCCAGAGAAAAAGUCUAGGUCUCCGAGUGCACUCUGA